GCAGCCGGUACCAGUCCCUAGCAGUCUGACAACAAUGGGAAUCCUUCCAUAAAUGCCGAUCAUGGUCCCUGUUGCUCGUUACGACAUAUUUCCACAAUUACGUUACGUCUGUAGAAUUAGCUGCGCUGUGGUUAGUCGGUCGGCUCUUAGCGGCGGGGAAUGGUGCCUGGGAAGUCCAAGUGGAUGCAACAUCAGGCGGACUAUGCCCGUCACUCUUCACCCAUGACACGAUGUCACCGUUGAGGAAAUCCAGUAAGACGAACUUUCAGGCCUCCACUUGGACAGGCCCAGUGCUGGUUGCGGAGGAUGAUCAGCAACUUUGGGACUUUGGUCGAGGUUGUAAUGCCAGUUCCAGAUCAAGUGGAAAACAUGGAGCAAAAUGGUAUUCUCUCAACUACAACUUGUUCACCAUUGCCUUCAAGAUGGCUCUGCUUAGUCUUGGCAACAUUUUGCUGCUCUCCGCGGCCUAUAUGGUGUGGAAAAUACUCUACCAAAUCGUGUAUUAUCGCUUCUACCAUCCGCUCGUCAAAUUUCCCGGCCCUUUUUGGGGUUCGGUCACUCGUCUUUGGAUAACGUACCAUAAUGUUAGGGAGGAUGAGUGUCGAGUGAAUCAGGAGCUUCACAAGAAGUAUGGACCUGUCAUCCGUAUCACACCUACCAUGUUGCUUGUGAGUGACGCAACCAAGUUACCGGAAAUCUACCACCGGAAUGCCAACAAGUCGCAACACUACAUCACCGGCAGUUUCGGAAAGACGGAAUCACUGUUCAACAUGCAAGAUCAUGUAGUUCAUGCUCGCUUCCGUAAGAUCGCUGCGGCACCUUACUCUUUCUCCAACAUUCGGAAGAUGGAGCCUUUGCUUGACAAGCACAUCGAGCGCUGGAUAUCCAGACUAGAUGCGUUCGCUAGUUCCGGUACAAAGAUGGAUUUUGCUCCAUGGGCAGUCUACCUUGCUUACGACAUUGUCUCUGAAGUUGGCUUCGGACAGCCGUUCGGCUUCAUAGAGCAGGGAAAAGAUGUUGAGGGACUUAUCCAAGGCUUCCACGACGGCCUUGUGCCGUUUGGCAUACUAGCACGGUGCUAUCCAUUCACAAAUUGGGUCAAGAGCACUUUCAUGGGGAAAUACCUUGUCGCAUCGCCGGAGCAGGACUCUGGAAUCGGGACUUUGAUGAGAUUCCGAGAUGGGCUCAUCCUUCAAAGGUUCAAAGACAUCGAGAAAGGAACGACAGAAGGGCGCAUCGAUUUACUACAAACCUUCAUUGAAGCCCGUGACGAAGACGGAAACCCUCUUGAUCUAGACUACAUCAAAGCUGAAAUCUUACUUGUAUUGCUUGCUGGGGCAGAUACCACGGGCACUGCAUUCCAGGCUUUCAUGAUGCACAUCAUGACACACCCUGAAGUUUAUGAUCGUCUCAUGGCUGAGAUUGACGAACAAACCCGAGCUGGGAAUCUUUCAGAGAUGCCUCAGUACGCGGAAGUUCUGGAAAACUGUCCGUUUUACGUUGCGUGCAUCCGCGAAGCCAUGCGCUUGAAUCCUUCAGCGCCCAAUAUCUUUCCUCGUCUUGCUGGGAAAGGCGGAAUGGAACUAUACGGCAAGCAUGUGCCCGAAGGCGCUGAGGUUACUUGCAACCCGUGGCUGGUGCAUCGCGACGAGAACAUAUUUGGUCCCGGUGCUAGCGACUACCGCCCAGAGCGAUGGCUAGAAAGCGAGGAGAAGACAAAAGAGAUGCUCAAGUACAACAUGGGUUUUGGAUAUGGGGCCAGAGUUUGCCUGGGCAGAGACCUUGCAAUGAUGGAGUUGUUCAAAGGGCCUCUUCAGUUCUUCAGGACGUUCAAGCCAGUGAUCCUCAGUAAGAGAGACCCUGGUAAGUAUGUUGUGAAAGGGGGCGUAAGUUUCUUCAAGGAUAUGUGGAUCACCAUCGAACGACGACCGAAGGCGCUGUAAAUAUCGCUGAACAAUUUCUCACGAUGUAACAGAAAACAGGCACCUGGU